AUGGCUGAGCAGCUAAAUUCAUAUCGCCUCCUUCACCUCGACCUGUUCUGCCGUUCACACCUUCACGGCUUCACCGACUCACCUUUAGAUCGCCUCACCUUCACCUGGGAGUUCAAUCCGUCGUUCACCUCACCUUCACUUCAGAAUUCAGAUCGCCUCCUUCACCGACACACCUUCACGGCUUCAGCGACUCACCUUUGUGACUUCAGCCGGGCCCUAGGAAUGGAAAGUCAGAGUGUGAGUUCAAGUAAUCCGGCUCUAAGCACCAAUGCCAAUGUUGAUAAUCAAACUCAAGAAAUCUCGAGAAACACUUCACAAAAAAACAAUCCAAAAAAAAGGAAGGAGAGGAGCAUCGCUUGGGAUCAUUGUACAAGGAAAAUUAUUCACGAUGAUGAAGGAAAUGAGGAGAUGGUUGCUAUUUGCAAGCAUUGUCAAUUACAAAUGCCGGUCGAUUCAAAAAGGAAUGGAACGAGAGGCCUUCUCAAUCAUUUGUAUCAUAAGUGUGAGAGUUCUCCUCUUCGUCUGGUGAUGGACAAGAGCCAACCCACAUUAACUCAGUCGAUGAUGGGAGGUGAAGUAAAAAUUUCCGACUUCAACCAAAAAAGACUCGACAAGAUGUGUGUGAAGUGGAUUAUCAAGGCGGAGAUGCCUUUUCGAACCGUAGAGCAACCGGACUUCAAAGAAUUUAUUCUUGAUCUUCAACCUCGUUAUAUGAUUCCUAACCGGAGGAAGAUUGCAAAGGAUGUGUGGAGUUUAUUUUGCGAAGAGAAAGCAAAGAUCAAAAGUAUCAUUGGUGAUCUUCGGGAAGGUGUCUCGAAGAGAAGUUGGUCGAAUGGGGGCAUAAGUAAGGUGUUUACCAUUACCGUGGACAAUGCGAGUUCGAAUGAUGUGGCCGUGGAGUAUUUAAAGAAGCAACUCCGGAAACAUGAUGGUCUUAUGCUUGAUGAAAACUUGCAUAUGAGGGGUGCUUGUCACAUAAUUAACUUGAUUGUGAAGGAUGGGAUGAAAGAGUUGGUAGACUCCAUUGAAGCCAUCCGUAAUUGUGUCAAGUAUAUUCACUCUUCAAGUGCGAGGUUGGAUAAGUUUCGGGAGUAUGCGGCUUUAGAGAAGAAAGAUAAAAUGUCGACUAUCCCGAUGGAUGUUGUGACUCGGUGGAAUGCCACAUACAUCAUGCUUCAUAGUGCUUACAAGUUUAAAGGUGUGUUUGCAAGGUUGGAGGAAGAAUUUAAGCCUUUUAAGACAUACUUUGAAGAGGGAAGAGUGGGGCCUCCGAAUGAUGAAGAUUGA